UAUUUGUGGAAUCAUCCCAGGACUGAGUAGCAUCUUUCUGCCACGGAUGAACCCUUUUGUCUUGAUUGAUAUUGCUGGAGCUCUAGCUCUUUGCAUUACAUAUAUGCUCAUUGAAAUCAACAACUAUUUUGCUGUAGACACAGCCUCUGCUGUAGCCAUUGCUUUGAUGACGUUUGGUACCAUGUAUCCCAUGAGUGUCUACAGUGGGAAAGUGCUACUCCAGACAACCCCACCUCAUGUGAUUGGCCAGUUAGAUAAACUUCUCAGAGAGGUUUCAACUUUGGAUGGUGUCUUGGAAGUUCGAAAUGAGCAUUUCUGGACGUUAGGUUUUGGCACUUUGGCUGGAUCAGUACAUGUCCGAAUUCGGAGAGAUGCAAAUGAACAAAUGGUACUUGCCCAUGUCACUAACAGAUUAUACACGUUGGUCUCUACCUUGACUGUUCAGAUUUUCAAAGAUGACUGGAUCAGACCUACCUUAUCUUCUGUGCCUAUUGCCAACAAUAUUCUGAACCUUUCGGAUCAUCACGUUAUUCCAAUGCCAUCUUUGAAAGCUGCUGAUAAUCUGAACCCUGCUACGUCCACACCAGCUAAGCCCAGCAGCCCACCGCCAGAAUUCUCUUUUAAUACACCAGGCAAAAACAUGAACCCAGUCGUCCUUUUAAAUACUCAGACAAGGCCCCACGGGUUGGGCUUUAAUCAUGGAUCCGCACCCUACAGCAGUGUACUCAGUCAAGGAUUUGGGAUGCCAGGAAUGGGAGCAACCCAAGGAUUCAGAACUGGUUUUACAAAUGUCCCAAGCAGAUAUGGAACAAACAUUCGUGGUCAACUCCGACCAUAAUAAACACCGUUAUUUAUUGUACUUAAGGGUAUUGACUUAAUUCUUUUAUUACCCACUUUUUAUAAACAUUUGGGAUGUGAGAUCAUUCUAAGUGGCUGGGAACAAGUGCAUUGUUCAUAUUCAUAAAAUGGUUAAAUUGCAAUUUUUUUUCCUUGCAUCAGGAGUAGCCUAUGUCUUACCACCAGUAUUUUCCAGACUUACAGUACUUUACAAGUAGUUUUUACAGUGUCUAUUUCUAUUCACCUUUCUAUUCACUUCUAAU